CGUGGCCGCUCCCGGCCGCGUGCGGCCAGAAUGUCUGCGCAAGCGCCAAAGCACGGGCAGUUAGCUGGCUCGCUACAGCGCAUGAGUACCCACUAGAGGGUGGGUGCUGGGGUGGAGGCUUUGGAUUAAUGCUGUAGGCACCAGACCUGUUGCUGUCAAGAUGGAGCAGCACACUAGUAACCCUACUAAGGAAAAAGAGUUGUUAUAUAGACCAGCAUGUCCUCAAACUCGAAACAGUCCUGCUACAGCCUUCCCAGCUGCUGAGUUGACAGCCAAAGAGGAAGAUAGCGUUGCGUGUUUUUGUCCAGCAAAAUCCUCCCCCAGUUACAUUGAUCUUCCAGCAAAUUUCACGCCAGCUAAUUUCUUGACCAUCCAGACAAAGCUGUCUUCAGGAGCUGGUCAGAAGCCCAAGGGAUGCCUCGGAGUCCUCGAGUGCAUGUAUGCCAACCUCCAGCUCCAGACCCAGCUUGCUCAACGACAGAUAGCUAUUUUGGAAAACUUGCAGGCAUCCCUCUCACAGCCGGGUUCUGGGAGGGAGAGCAAGAACUGUUCUCUCCCUGGCUUAUGUUGCAAACUGUUACUAAAUCACCUGCCCCAAUUCCAUAAAUGAGCUGUGGAACAAAGA